AUGAGCUCCGCCAGAGAAGCCAUCUACAAAUCCAGACUCAGAAAGUGGGGCUAUCACAGAAAAGUCAAACGGGAAGAGGUCAUGACGAUUUUGAGAAUCAAGCAGACUCGCGAGGCUUCAGGAAAGCAUAGCGUCUUCCUAUUGAGGGGCAGGCCAGUUGACAUGAAGCAAAUUGAAGAAUUUGCUCGACGCCAACAUAUCAAGAACGUCGAGCAUAAGUCUUUGUUCCAACCAAGGGAUGGACCGGGCUUAGAGAUCGAAGCUUACACACCACCACCGUCUCCGCCAUUGCGAAAUCCUCCUUCGCCGCCGCGAAUAUGGCAGAUUCCAGAGAAAUUGCUGCGCGAUGUGGAUGUAUACAUUAAAGGAUCUUUCGAAGCCAAAUUAUGGUUGCCUACAGGAACCGAGACCAUAAUCGCAAGUUCAGAAAUGCAAUCACCAGAGCGGCAGGCUCUCCAUUCCUUCGUUGGUGGCAUCGAUACCGGCUGUAGUAACUUCACUUCCGGCAACACCGAAGCUGGCGGGCUGUUCUGGAGGAAAGCAUUCCGAGAGAUUCCCACUCUGAUACGAGGUUCUUACCACGACAUACUUCCAAACAUAAUUCAGAGGAUCAAUGAUCUACACCAGCGUGGACAUCCUGUUGCCGCUGCUAGUCUGAUGAAACACGUUGCCAGUAGCAGUGUAAUUGACCCCUUGUCAAAACAAGCGACACGCUCGAUAUAUGUCUCACUGGCAGAGCUAGGCCUCGACAACAUGGAAGAGCUUGAAGAGCGUGUCAUGACUCGGUACGCCGAGCUAUUCCAUUUUUAUCUGGGACCAGAAUACUACAACAGUUUCGUGAUGCAAAUGAACCUUGCUAGACGAAAGAUAAAUCGCGGUGGAGCAGACGUGCUUUACGAACGCCUUCCCGACCUUACUUCCCUCGAUCAAAACUUCGGUCCAUCAAAUCGUCGUCCUAUGGAUGUCAUUCGAACUCGAGUUGAAGUCCUCUACGAGCAUGAGAAGUAUGAAGAGAUGGAAGCUCAGGCUAACAUCUUGCUCGAACGAGGUGUCAUGAUCGAGAAUGAUCAAUGGCAGAACCUGUACUUCGUCAUCAAAGACUUCUACUACAUCGGUCUAGCCCGUUACUGUCUGAAGAUGUAUAUUGUGGCUAUGGAAAGCUUGAAAUCUUGUCUGCAUUGGAUUCGUGAAUUUGAGAAUAUUGACGCUACAGGCCUAUUCGACCCAGAGAAGGUUGAGGUGCUUGAGAAAUUGGCAGAGAUAUCUCACUUGACCGGAAAUCACCAAGACGAGGCGGCUUAUAAUUCACAGAAGUUACAAGUACUCGAGUCUGUUCAGGUCCAGGACGAUAUUUGA